AUGGACGACUCUGUUCGAGACACUAUUCCGAGCACUCCUCCUGACCACGAGACUGUUGCGACUCUUCCUGUCUCUACCCCUUUACAACCCACCCAACUAGUCGCUCAGCCGUACCCAGUCCGCAAUACGGUAAUCCAAGUCGCUGCAUCUUCGCCUCCGGGCCCUGUUUCGUCUCCCCCUCGGAAACCUCAGGGUCACUUUUCGUCCUUAAUCGCCCCUUCGGGCACUCAUUUCCGUCCUCCUGCCCCCGGCCCUGCGAAGCGGACUCCCAAAUUCGACCUCGACGACGGCCCAACCUAUCGAGGUGGUUCCUCGGACGAAGACUCUCAUUUCCAGAACACCGAUAUCAAACCGUCUAUGUUUGAGAGGACAAUUCGCAGCCCUGAGAAAGAAAGAGAAAAAGUCAUGGAGUCUCCCGUUCGCACCGAUCCCGCAAUGGAUCGAUUCCGCGAGAUCACCGCCAACGCCAUGUACGACCCCAACAAUACCUCCGUCAAGCGAUCCGCAGACCAAAUGAGUCCCCCCAUCAAGGGCGUUGCCGUCAAGAAGGCUCGCCAAGAUGCGCCAUCUCGCGCCCAGCCCGUGGGGCUCCCCGACAUCCUCCUGCAUGAAAUCGCAGACUUCCGCGUGCGAAUCAAGGUCGAGCGCGUUCUCAAGGUUAUGCCUGAACUGCCUGUGCGCAAGUGCAUGGAUGCUAUUCUAGAAGCUAAAGGAAACUACGACCUCGCUCUCGAGAACCUGUCCAAGGCCCAGGCGACCGUUAUCGACUCCUCCGACGAUGAAUUGGGUACCACCCCGGCCACCGGCGCCGCCCCAGCCGCCAAGCAGCAGAUCAAGGCUCGCGGCACGAUUCAGGAUAAGUGGGCCGCGAUGAAGAUGAACAAGCCUGACUCCGACGAUGAGAGCAAGCCCCGCCGCCGCUUGAUGCGCGGUCCCCAGUCUGAGAUCCGCUCGCGCCCUGCUUCGCCCCCUGCGCCGAUUGUGAUUGAUGACGAGCCUGCCCCGAAGAAGGGAGGCCGCCUCCAGAAGGGUCGUCGCAACCGCUCGCCUGAUCGGUCUGAGUCGCCUGAGGCCAUGAUGAGCGAUUCCGAUGAUUCGGACGCACCUGAGAAGGGAUCUGCCGCUGGCGGUGUUGAUUCCAAGGUUCUUAAGUUUAUGAAUGUUGGUGCCGUCAAGGAUUUGGCUGAUUUGGCCUCUGUUUCGGAAGAUGUUGCGCAACUCAUUGUCAAUAAUCGUCCUUAUGAAUCACUCGACGAAGUUCGUGCUGUGUCUGCUCCAGUGGUAGAGACGAAGGCCAAGGGUAGACGGGGAGGAAAGGCCCCCAAGCCUAUUGGUGACAAGAUUGUCGAUAAGUGCGUCGAUAUGUGGACCGGUUACAUGGCGAUUGAUGCUCUUGUCAGCGAAGUUGAAGCUCUGGGUAAGCCUGUUGCCGAUGAGAUGAAGAAUUGGGGUGUGGACACCUUUGGCAAGGAGAACAAGGGCGAGCUUGAAAUCACCAAUCUCGCUCUGCCGGGCGUUUCAAACGACUCCAAGGAUCCAAAGAAGUUUGAGCAUGAUUCGGGAAUUUCCACUCCGUCUGGCCGUCCUUCCCCUGAAAGUGAUGAAGACAACCUUGUCUCCUCGUCCAAGCGCAAGUCCCGUCUGAUCUCUCAGCCUUCCAUCAUGGCCGAUGACCUGGUCAUGAAGGAUUAUCAAGUUGUCGGUAUCAAUUGGCUGCGCCUAUUGUAUGAGAACAACUUGAGUUGUAUUUUGGCCGACGACAUGGGUCUCGGAAAGACCUGCCAGGUCAUUGGCUUCCUCGCCCAUUUGUACGAGAAGGGUGACAAGGGUCCGCAUCUGAUUGUUGUUCCUUCUUCGACCAUUGAGAACUGGCUGCGUGAGUUCCAGAAGUUCUGCCCAGCUCUGAACGUGAUGCCUUAUUACGCUGGCCUCAAUGAGCGUGCCCACAUCCGUGACGAUAUCGAGGAACGACGCGACGAGAUCAACGUGGUCAUCACCACCUACACCAUUGCAAAGGCCAAGGUUGACGCCAAGUUCUUGCGUGAUAUGGACUUCACUGUCUGUGUUUACGAUGAAGGUCACAUGUUGAAAAAUCAUCAGUCCCAACUCUACGAGAAGCUGAUCCGGAUCCGCGCUCGCUUCCGUCUCCUCCUGACUGGUACUCCUCUUCAGAACAACCUGCAGGAGCUUGCGUCGCUUCUUGGCUUCAUUCUUCCCGGUGUCUUCAAUGAGCACAAGGAUGACCUCCAGGCUGUUUUCUCCAACAAGGCCAAGACCACGGAUGAAUCCCACGCCACUCUGCUUUCCGCUCAGCGCAUCGAACGCGCAAAGUCAAUGAUGAAGCCCUUCAUCCUUCGUCGCAAGAAGCACCAGGUCAUCGACCUCCCAGCCAAGCACUCGCACGUCGGCUGGUGCACGAUGAAGCCCUCGCAGCUUGAUAUCUACAACCGCGAGAAGGACCAAGUGCGCGAGCUCCUCGAGGCCCGCGCUGCCGGAAAGAAGACCGGUUCUAGGUCCGCUAACAUCCUCAUGAAGCUUCGCCAGGCCGCCAUCCACCCCCUCCUCGCCCGUCGCCACUUCACCGAGGAGAUCCUCCUGAAGAUGUCCAAGGCCUGCCUCAAGGAAGAGAAAUGGUCAAACUCCGACCCAGAGGUCAUUUUCAACGAGCUCAAGCCCUACAACGACUUCGAAUGCCACCACAUGUGCGUGGACAAUCCCAAGUCCCUGGGCAAGUUCAAGCUCACCAACGACGAAUGGAUGGACUCCGGCAAAGUCGAGCAACUGAAAGACCUCCUGACCACCUUCAUCGCAAACGGCGACCGUACCCUCAUCUUCUCCCAGUUCACCAUGGUCAUGGACAUUCUCGAGUACGUCCUGGAGACACUGAAAAUCGAAUUCGUCCGUCUGGACGGCCGCACCAACGUCGAAGAUCGCCAGUCCAUCCUCGACGCCUUCCACGAGCGCACUGAAAUCCCCGUCUUCCUUCUCUCCACCAAGGCCGGUGGUGCCGGUAUCAACUUGGCCUGCGCCAACCGCGUCAUCAUCUUCGACUCUUCCUUCAACCCCCAGGAAGACGUGCAGGCAGAGAACCGCGCUCACCGCGUCGGCCAGACCCGUGAAGUCGAGAUCUAUCGCCUUGUCACGAAGAACACCAUCGAGGUGCAGAUCCACGCUCUCGGACAGACCAAGCUGGCGCUUGACCAGGCUGUAGCUGGUGAGGAUGGCGAUGGCAGCAAGAGUGAGGAGCAGGGCAUGAAGGUCGUUGAGACUAUGAUGCUUGAGCAUCUUCGCAAGGGUGAUAAUGCUGGCGAUGGAGAGGAGGCUGAGGCUGAGGAAGAAGCAAAGGAGGCUAUGAAGCAGAUUGAGGCUAACAAAUAA